AAAGCUACACUCUUACAAUUUUAUUUUUAAACAACACCCCUUUUCAUAUUCCACCGGCAUUUUGGGGCAAACUUUUUAAGUGAACAUUGUUGUAAGUUACGCACAUCCAUUGUCAGACGGUCCCUGUACGGCUGUUGGAUCAUGGCCGUCUGUGGACUUGGUAGACCGUAUGGCACUGGUCGGAGAUUCUUUUACCGUCUCUUCUGAGAGAUUCAUACCAUGUAAACACUCGGUGAAGAAGGAUUUUACGAGUACUUUGACGCAGCUUUCUACUGAUAUGAAAAGUAGCUGUUGUGAGUCAAGCAGCCUUUUGAAAUAAGUACUUUAUUCUGUCAAGUCAUCAUUUUUUUAGAUACAAAAAUGUUCAGUUCAACAUCCAACAACGGACUCUUGAGGUCAGAAGAAGGUUCUGGGAGUAGCGGGAACCUUUUGAUCCUCCAAAACCAUAAACCCAUCAUAAAACAUGAGGUGGAGAGUAGCGUUAGCCUGCUAAGUUUGGCAAGCGAAGAGGACGAUGAAGUCUUGUUUGACACAUCCGACACAGAUAAUAACCGUGAGGUGUUGAUGGCUGGUAGACAGUACCCAUCCAUUCAAGAGUUUGCCUCAGCAAUCCCCAACCACCUUCUCCUGGGCUCUCUGCUGGAGCACCUGUGCUUCGUCUACGAGAGCAACCCAGCGCGCUCACGUACGCUGUUUAAAGUCAUUGGCCAGCGUUUAGCUGCUUUGAAUCUCCUCUCACCUUUGGCCAUAAGUGAUGAGUUCAGCACAGUCAGACUGCAGCACAACCGAGCCUUCACUGAGCUGCUUCAUGCCGCCAGCUCCUCGCUCUAUCCACAGGGACAAAGUCUUGGCACAAACACACACAAUCCUGCUGUAAGACCUAAAGAGGGACUGUUUCAAGCACAGACAUCCCGGUAUGUCAGUGAAUUUGAAGAAAUGGUUCGACUCGGAAAAGGAUCAUAUGGAAAUGUCUUUAAGGUUAAAAACAAACUAGAUGGACAAUAUUAUGCUGUGAAGAAAAUUCUCAUCAAACAAGUCUCAAAGGAUGACUGCAUGAAGGUCCUCAGGGAGGUCAAAGUGUUGUCCAGCCUGCUGCAUGUAAAUGUUGUCGGCUACCACACUGCAUGGAUGGAACAUGUUCAGCCUGCAACACAUCCUGAGCCUGUCCUGCCUGCACUGGAGUCACCUGGACAACAAGACACCUCUGAUGAAAGCCCUGACAGCAACAGCGCCAGCUCCUCCAUCGUUUUUCAAAGCCUCAGUCAGGCACCGACAGAUACAAGUGACAAAGAACCACCUGGAGAUGCUGAGUCCGUCAAAGCUUUAGUUCCAACCAAAGAGGCGGGCCAGGUGGUGUGUCCCAAGACCAUGCGGCGGCUUCCCAAGAACUAUGUCCCCUGUGUGUUCCUGGGACAGCGAGGUCCCCCGAAGAGCUCCAAAUGUCCCGCCACGGGGUGGGACAGCUCAGUGCUGUUAGAGGAGGAGUCCAGCAGGAGUAGCAUCGAAUUGAACAACAACUCCUACGUCGACAAGGAGUUUCAACAGUGGGCUGACAAACAAACAACAAAGCCUUCGAAAGAGGUGCAGUUCCACCUGAUGCUCUACAUCCAGAUGCAGCUGUGUGAGCGCUCACUGAAGGACUGGAUCUCUGAGAGAAACAGCAAGCCCAGAGAGGAACAAACAUCAAGAUGUCCUUAUGCAGGUGUUGAUACUGAACACACACUCAGCAUGCUGAGGAAAAUACUUGAAGGGGUGGAGUACAUUCACUCCAGGGGAAUCAUGCACAGAGACCUGAAGCCAAGGAACAUUUUCCUCCAUGGUCAUGACUGCCAUGUUCGGAUUGGAGACUUUGGACUGGCCUGCGGGGACAUCAUAAUGGAAGGCCAUAAAAGCACCAUCUCUCCCAAUUCCUCACACACUACAGGUGUUGGCACAUUUGUAUAUGCUGCACCUGAACAACUGAAGGCCUCCAAAUAUGAUUCAAAGUCAGACAUGUACAGCAUCGGAGUGCUGUCUCUCGAGCUCUUCCAGCCCUUUGGGACAGAGAUGGAGCGGGUCCGGACCCUUGGGGACCUGAGAGAGGGGAAAAUCCCAGAAUCGUUCUGCCAGAGAUGGCCAGUUCUAACUAAAUACAUCACGAAGCUGACGAGUACAGAGCCCGAUGUUCGGCCCACGGCCAGCGAACUUCUACAGAGUGAACUCUUCUGCAGUAAAGACAUAGUAAUCAAUGGUUUGCAGAGAAGGGUUGAAGAGCAGGAGGAAGAGAUCAUGCAGCUGAGAAGACAGAUCAGUCGGCUUCAGAGCGCAGAAGUCACAGUUCAUUUCUCUGAGUCGGACAAGACCUGAGCCUUUAAGAUCUCAGCCCUCUACAGACUGUCAAAACUUGAUUUACUCAACCACUGCUGUACUAUGUUUUGGUGCGGAGUACAAGUGGUAGAAUGUGUGUGUGUGUGUGUGUGUGUGUGUGUGU